AUGCUUUAUGAACUAUGCAAUGUAUCUUCCUCCCUUCUGAACAACAAUCUGACUCAAGCUCUCGAGUGCAAUGUUGGAGGGACGCCUACUAACCAGUGUAUAAUCUGCCCGAACACAGACAUUGCUGGAAUCGGUGUCAGAGUGGCCUUCUACGCUCAAAGCCUAUUUAACACAUUGCUCGUGAUUUUCUCCCCCGAAGAUGCUGUUGCCAGCGCAUGGGCCGGUGCCCUCUUGACGGCAGCGCUCGUAAUCGCCGGCUUCGUCCAGAAGAAGAUGGACAUGAUCUCCCUUCAUCAUGCCACUCUCGUUCUAAAUUACGCCACAUUGUCAUGCAUCAGUUCCUUGGGCAUUGCGCCCAUUCUGCCAUUGUGGCGGCCACACGAAGCUUAUGCCAGGGACGUUGUGAGACAGCAUGAGGGAGAAAGGGUCCUGAUCCACGUCGACCCUGACGAAGUGGGCCGCAUUUUGGCAACUCGCUUUCGGUCGGGCCAUAAGAAGCGCAGCAAAGUUGAUCAGACCAAACAACGUGCCAUUCUGUCCCUGGCACUUUUGAUUCAGGUCGCUCUGCAAUGGGCAUGGGGAAUCCUGAUGUUUGUCUCACCAGGUUAUUAUCAAACAGCCUGUAGCAACGAUACUGUACUCUUGUUCUUCUUUGUGCCGCUUCGUGCGGCGAAUGUCAACGAUCGCCAGUUCUAUGUUUGGGUCCUGUGGCUGCUCUUCUGCCUCGGUACGACCCUCUUCCUGACUGUGAUCCUUGCAUUCUCCGGAAAGAAGAGGGCAUACGUCGGCCUGUCGCGGAGGUCGACAUUGUCCUCUGCAACCACGGCUGCUACACCCAUACAUAUACAGCUUUACCGAGCUGCAGCUGCCAUGAUUCCUCCAUGGCGUGACCGCUUUCGCCAGCUUGUCUUUUGGGUAAAUACGUACGCCUUGGUCCUGUGGAUGGCAUAUAUCAUCCUGUCGGAAUUUCAAAUCAAGGCCAACUGUAUCUUCUCGGGGGAGAACGAGUUCGGUGGAUUCGGCCAGAUCACUGCUGUAUUUCUCGCAUUUACACCGAUCUGGAGCCUGGCCGUCGCCGUAUACAAAUGGCCUGCGCGAAUUCGCAAACAGCGGAAGCUCAUCGAAGCUUCACGCGCGGAAGCACAAUCGCUGAUAUCGCGCAGUGAUGUUCAUGACGAGGACGAUGGUCAAUUUGACGAGCAAUUCGAGAUGGUAGCGCUCCCUGCCACGCGCGUGGCCGCCCCCAAGAGACGCAGUCACUCGAUGCCUCCCGCUCAAUCUGACUCCGAGAGGGUUGGAAGCCUUCGUCGCCGAGAAGUUCGCAGAUCGAGCUUAGUAGUCAGUCCGAUCGAACUGCAAUAUUUUCCUGGCUCUCAUCCUUCGUUGCUGUGA